AUAAAGAGAACUUGAUUGGUUUCGUAAUAUAUAUGUAUUUAUGUUUCAAAAAUACUUUUUCUGCGCAAGACCCAACUUGAGGAUUGCUUUUUGUCAUUAUAGCUGUGGUUGAUUUCGUAGGAUAUUUUAGUUGUUAUUUUUGUGAUUGGUACUUGACAAUUACACAGCGCAGACAUUAGCCUACUGUAUGUGUGAUAUAGUAGUGCGUGUGAGUCUGUGCGUAUUUGCGUGCAAUGUUGUCUUUUGUGCAGUGUUCUCAACCUUGCUGCAGAAGCGUGUGCGGGCGGCGUGCAUUUGUCACUGGACCCAGUGGAGUCAGUGUGUCUCUUAAAGAUAACUGUAAGCCAGGUCAAACCGUAGGGAAACUACCUUCAGUGCACAUACUUAUACAAGGAGAACAACAACAGAACCAAGCAAAUGACAGAACAACUCAUCCCGCAGUGAUGCAUGAGAGUACCUUGACCUCGAGGAGGUAGAUGAAGACAAGAGGAGAUGCCUGCAGGUACCUUGAACUGAGAAUGAACUCUGGGUGGAAUAGUGACCCCAUUAACCAACUGCUGUUCCAAAUCAAAUUCAACAUCUACUUUAGUUUUGGUUUUAGUUCAUGAAAAUCUUAUUGUAUUGGUCCAUUCAUGGAUCAAACAACUGUUGGGAAUUUUGCCGUUCCGCUCCUCGUCAGAGAAGAGCAAGUCUAAUUAAGUUCACCAAUCAAGCAAUAAGACUGAGCAGAAUGAUGCAAGCAUCGUGUGAACCUGAAUGAUAAAAAAAAAACUAUAUAGCUACUUCAUGCAGAUGUGAAUGGCAAAUACACAUUAAUGGUACUGUAUAUUGUACAUGAAUAAAUAGAAUGUGAACGUGCGCAGCAGUGUGAGAAGUUUUUUUUUUGCUGUUGUUGUGCAGUGUGCGUGCGUGCAGUCCACUAGCUAGCUUUGAAGACGACGAUGCGAUCCUAAGAGUCGAGGAAGACCUUUCCAGUGGCGCUAAGUGGAGGGUGCAGCACACCAUAAAGAUCCAAGCAACACUGGUGACGUGGACCAUAAAAUACAGCAGGGGCAGCUGAGCAAAAUGGCUGCCCUCCAAACGCAAGAGGACCCCUACGACGGCAACAAAAGAGGAGACCUCCAGGCCUCCAAGGCACGAGGAAGCAUCAAGUACAAAAGAGCAGACAAACACGCACUGUGACACGUACACAACACACACACUUGGACAUGACAGCGCAAACCAUGGCUGCAACACUAAUGGGGGAGGACCCCCGGCUGGGCAACACCCCUCUGGCCAUGUUGGCGGCCACUUGCAGCAGGAUAGGGGAGUCGAGCCCCUCCUGCUCCCCGCAUGACCUCUCCGACGGGCCCGCGGGACUCGCCAAGGACUUCCACCCGUGGAAGAGGAGCGUCCCUGGCACUUGUCUCACCUCACUGGGGGUCCCCUCCAGGAAUACUGGAGCGGGUUUCUCGGACACCUCCAGCGCCUUCUCGGUGACCGACGCUAACGAGUUCCCAGCCUACCAAACGUCAGGGCAGCCCGACACAGGGUUUCCCGACCAGCGCUCCGUGUUUCUCACCAAGUUACCCUCCCCCGUGGAAGGCAUCGCCGGGAUAUACCCGCGGCUCCACGCGCAUCCCUACGAGUCGUGGUUCAAGCCCGUGGCGGAGGUCGCGAGUGGGCCUUCUUCGUGGUGGGACGUCGGCACCACUUGGGUGGACGCUCCGAGCCCAGACGGGGUGCCCUCAUCUGUGGGCGGCUACUCCUCCGAGCACAGCCCCGGUGCCGUUCCGCAUCUCCUCCCCGGCACGCAGCACCUGUUCGACGGCUUCCGGGCACCCUACUCGGAGUCCGCGCCGAGCCCGGUGCUCCCCCUGGCCGCUUCUUCGCGCCCCUCCUCGCGUCGUUACACGGGCAGAGCCACCUGCGACUGCCCCAACUGCCGGGAGGCGGAGAGCCUCGGCCACGGCGCGGCGAGCCCACGGCGCAGAGCCGCGCACAACUGCCACAUUCCGGGAUGCGGUAAAGUGUACGGCAAGACGUCCCACCUGAAGGCUCACCUCCGUUGGCACACCGGGGAGAGGCCGUUCGUGUGCAACUGGCUCUUCUGCGGGAAACGCUUCACUCGCUCCGACGAGCUCCAGAGGCACCUGCGCACGCACACCGGGGAGAAGCGCUUCGAGUGCACCGUGUGCCGCAAGAGGUUCAUGCGCUCCGACCACCUGAGCAAACACGCCCGGACGCACGACGCCGAGGGGACCGAGCACGGAGACGAGGAAGCCGGGGCCGGCAACGGCGGCAGCGACACGGACAACAGCGCGGGCGGAAGCCCGAGGCAGUCCCCGGAGAUACACGUGACUGUCCACGCCGACGAGGUGAAAUAAACAGCAAUUUAUUUUUUUUAUUUUUAUUUUUUGCAUCAAAAAAGUAAAGGGAAAAAAAGAAAAGAAAAGAAAUGGCACUUUAUGAUGAAUGUCAGAAUAAACACGCUUACCUCAUGUUAUUUGUAACCUUCUUAAAAAAAGAAUAAUGAACUUCCAAUUGUUUUUACUUUGCUUCCUUGGCAUAAAUGAUGUGCUUAAUUAAUUAAACGCUCCUUUUUUUAAGUGCAAA